AUGGGUACCCGCACAAAUGCUCACAGGAACGAUGGGAAGAGAGCCGCGCUGAGGGAGGAGAUCCUGCAGCACCAAAGUGGUGCGCACUGCAUCCGGCGGGACGACGGUCGCGCCGGGCGGCAUCGAUGGCACCUGGUGCUUGGCCCUGCCAGCCUGAACAUGAACACGAAGAUGAGCAGCCGUCGCAUCAAGACCCACCCGAUCACGCGCAAGAAGAACAGCUUGACGAAGCCCGUGGGAGCGAACACCGUUCCCAGACUGCAGACGAGCGUGCAAAGCAAGUCCUUGGCACAUAUUUUUAGCAUUCGCAUGAAGAGCAGCAGGCACAGCGAUGAAACGGUGGCCACGAGGAGGAACAUGCAGAAAACCCAGUCGGCGAGCACGCCGAGCACGCGCUUCGCGAGCCGUCGACGAACGCUGGUGGGCCAUCUCAGCCGAUGA